AUGUUGACUCUGGUUUACUGGGCUUGUCAAAAACCACCACUUCAAGAACCCGCCUCUGGCUCCCCGGAGCCGAGGCCUGACGUCACAUCGACCCCGAACACCUCUACGGCCCCGCGGGAAGUCCCUUUCCGGCCGCCCCCGUGCAGUCACCAGGAUCGUGAUCGUAUCCUGGCCGACGGCCCGGGAAAAGCUGGGUCCCUGCACGCGCCACCUACCCAGGCGACGCGCGCCAGGGAUAUGAUCAACAGAUUAAAGGGAUAUUUCCGCGGCGAGGACGUGGAGCUCCGGCCUGAAGACCACGAGGCCAUUCGCACCGCGGAGGCCAACCCAGAGUCCAGACUCGCUAAAGCGAUUGCACUGCUGGGUAAACCACCAGCCCCAGCCAAGCAGCCGCCGUCGUUCCUGGAAAUCCUCCAGAGCGUCGGCCCCCCACCGUAUAUUGCGCCCAUACGGAAAAAGGAAGACGCCACGGAACAGCCCGCGACCCCCACCUUGGAGGCCGCGGCCACCACCCCGCCUGGCCCCGACAGCGCGCCCGCCGCCGCAACCGCCCCUGCGGCUCCCAGGCCCGCGGUCGUGCCCACGGCCCGACAACCCCCGCCGCAAGCGAGUGAAGACACCGUCGUCGCUCCAGCGCACCCCGAGCCCCCCAACCACGCUUUAUUGUGCUCAGAUUACCAUGGUGGAAUGUACCUCUUGUACCUCGUCGGAAAUUACAUGUACCCUGAGGUAGUUUGCUAG